GACCUGUUGGCUUGAACCCAAUAAUAGAAUCUGUCAAAUUUCGCAAAAAAAAACCAAAACAGAUUGCACAGCUUUGCUCAAUGCGUCUGAAGUGAUUACAAGUCUUUUUCAACUCAUCAAACGAUGGCAGCGGGUGCUCAAGCUAGUCGCGGCUUAACUGCCCUUUUCAAACGAGGAUGGAACGAGAUUCCUGAAGUAAUUGGUUCAUCUGCGAUGGGUCUUAUUGGCAUUGGUUUGACUUUUAUUGGAGCGGUAGGCUAUUACAGGAAGGACGGCGAUAACCGGCGUUAUAAGCUAGAUUAUGUCGUAAUGCGUCCCGAUGAUCCACGAGUGGCAAAGAUUCGUAAAGAUUGAAUGACUGCGGUUAUGCGCACGAUUGUAGGCAAAUAAUACAAAUUGAAAACGGAAAA